CUUUGACGCACAGGCGAGGGGGGCUCGGCGUACGUAGCGCGCCGAUGAGAGACUCGCGCACAGUUUGAGACCAAGAGUCGAAGAAAGCGGCACGUCGCGAUGAACGCCGAGGGCGGAUCGUCCGGGCUGGCCAGGUCGGCCGCGGUCAAGCUGUCCGAGAUGGGCGCGCGCACCAAGCAGCUGGGCACGGCCAUGCGGGACCCGCAGCAGCAGCGGCGCGUCAUCCUGGUGAUCGUGUGCGUGGCGCUGCUGCUGGACAACAUGCUUUACAUGGUGAUCGUGCCCAUCAUCCCGGACUACCUGGCCGACCUGGAGAACGAGCAGGCGGAGCGCGCCGGCGGCGCGCCGCAGCCCAACGGCAGCGCGUACGGCUACGGCAGCGGCAGCGGCAACGGCACGGGCGGCGGCGCUCGGGGCAGGUCCGGGAACCUGGACGUGCAAAUCGGGGUCCUGUUCGCGUCCAAAGCCAUCCUGCAGCUGCUGGUCAACCCCCUGAGCGGCACCUUCAUCGACCGGGUGGGCUACGACAUCCCGCUGCUCAUCGGGCUGACGGUCAUGUUCCUCUCCACGUGCAUCUUCGCCUUCGGCGAGAACUACGCCACGCUGUUCGCCGCCAGGAGCUUGCAGGGCCUGGGCUCGGCGUUCGCGGACACGUCGGGCCUGGCCAUGAUCGCCGACAAGUACACGGAGGAGGCCGAGCGCAGCCGGGCGCUGGGCAUCGCGCUGGCCUUCAUCUCCUUCGGCAGCCUGGUGGCGCCUCCCUUCGGCGGGGUCCUGUACGAGUUCGCCGGCAAGCGGGUGCCCUUCCUGGUGCUCGCCUUCGUGUGCCUGGCGGACGGCUUCCUCUUCCUCACCGUCCUGCGGCCCUUCUCCAACAGGACUCGAGAGAACAUGCCGGCGGGCACGCCCAUCUACCGGCUCAUGGUCGACCCGUACAUCGCGGUGGUGGCCGGCGCGCUGACGGUGUGCAACAUCCCGCUGGCCUUCCUGGAGCCCACCAUCGCCAACUGGAUGGAGAGCACCAUGCACUCGACGCAGUGGCAGAUGGGCCUGACGUGGCUGCCCGCCUUCUUCCCGCACGUCCUGGGCGUCUACGUCACCGUGCGGCUGGCGGCGCGUCACCCCAACCUGCAGUGGUUCUACGGCGCGCUGGGCAUGGUCAUCAUCGGCGCCAGCUCGUGCACGGUGCCGGCCUGCAAGAGCUUCGGCGAGCUCGUGGCCCCGCUGUGCGGCAUCUGCUUCGGCAUCGCGCUGGUGGACACGGCGCUGCUGCCCACGCUCGCCUUCCUGGUGGACGUGCGCCACGUCUCCGUCUACGGCAGCGUGUACGCCAUCGCGGACAUCUCCUACUCGGUGGCGUACGCCAUGGGCCCCGUGGUGGCGGGCCAGAUCGUGCACAACCUGGGCUUUGUCCAGCUCAACCUGGGCAUGGGCCUGGUCAACGUGCUGUACGCGCCCGCGCUGCUCCUGCUGCGCAACGUCUGCCAGAUGAGGCCGUCCUACUCGGAGAGGGACACCCUGCUGGAGGAGGCUCCGCAGGGGCUGUACGACGCCAUCCGCCUGGAGGAGAGGCGGGCCGGCAAGAGCAAGAACCAGAAGCGCAAGAAGAAAAGGGGCGGCGGCGACGAGGGGGGCCGCGGCCCGGCGGCCAACUGCCUGCCGGUGGACGAGAACGGCUUCGACGCCUCCAAAGCGCAGCGCUCGCAGUCCGACGAGUCGUCGGGCGCCGAGUUCACUUGAGGCGGGAUGAGCUUAGCCGCACCCCCCCCCCCGGCUUCCCC